GGGGCGCAGCUCGGGGAACAACGGGCUGCAGAGGGGCACGCUGGGGAGAUGGGGCUGUGCGGGGCUGUGGCAGCACCCACACCCACCCUGCAGGGCGCACGAGGCCUUGUGCCCCCCAAGGCUGGGCGUUAAUGGUUAACUCCGGCCCCACACCUGCACGUCUCCCAUGGGGCAGCGCCCUGCUGUGCCCCCCGCGGGGCUCUGGGACACCACCCCAUCCCCCAGCGCUGUGCCCGUAGGGAAGGAUCGCAGCCCUGAGCCCCUACGGCUCCUCCACGCCGUGCAGCCCCCAGCUGGGCACCGGCUGCCCGCUCCCAGGGGUGGCCUUGGGGCCAAGGAGGGGCUCUGAUAAGGGGGGGAUUUAAGGCCGGCGGGCGCCCCGUGCCACCUGGCCAAACCCUGAGCACAAUGCUGGCGCUCCUCGUCCCCCUGCUGCUGCUGAAUGUCGGCUGCCGUGCUGCCGUGCUGCCCGACUCGUCACGGGUGGUGAACGGGCAGGAUGCGGUGCCGUACAGCUGGCCAUGGCAGAUCUCCCUGCAGUACGAGCGCGACGGCACCUUCCGACACACCUGCGGGGGGACCCUCAUCGCUCCCGACUGGGUGAUGACAGCCGCACACUGCAUCUCCUCAUCGCUCACCUAUGAGGUGGUGCUGGGUGAGUACGACAUGAGCUCCUCCGAAGGCCCCGAGCAGCGCAUCCCCGUGGCAGCCGAUGACAUCUUCGUGCACCCCAAGUGGAGCAGCUUCUGCGUAGCCUGCGGCAAUGACAUCGCCUUGCUGAAGCUGCGGCGCAACGCUGUGCUCAACGACUACGUGCAGAUAGGGCGGCUGCCGCCUGCAGGCACCGUGCUGCCCAAUGGCUACCCCUGCUAUCUGAGCGGCUGGGGGAGGCUGACCACGGGGGGACCAUUGCCAGACAAACUUCAGGACGCUCUGAUGCCGGUGGUGGAUCACAAGCAGUGCACACAGCCCGACUGGUGGGGCAGCAUUUCCAUCCGCACCACCAUGAUCUGUGCUGGUGGCGCUGAGCAGGCCGGCUGCAACGGCGACUCGGGCGGCCCCCUGAACUGCCAGGCUGAGGAUGGGCAAUGGGAGGUGCAUGGCAUCGCCAGCUUUGUGUCUGCUCUGGGCUGUGACGCUCCGAAGAAGCCGACUGUCUUCACGCGUGUCUCUGCCUUUGAGGACUGGAUUGCCGAGACCAUGGCAAACAACAGCUGAGUGGAGCAGCAGCGACCUCCAUGCAUCACAGUGCGCAAAUAAACCUGUAGAGCUGA